AUGACAUCUGUAGUGGUUGGAGGACUCUUAAAUGCUGUGGUUUUUGCUGGGGCAGGUUUUCUAUUUUCCAAGUUGAAUGCACAAGGAUACAAAGAAGAGGUGAAAAGACCUAACCAAGCCUUGCGGAAGCUUGCGAAAGCUAAGGAGAAGUUUUAUGAAUCCGAGGUGAAGCGUAGGAAUGACGAAGCCCGACGUCGGGCCGAGAUAUUGGAUGCUAACAAGGACAUUGAGGAAACAAGCAGAGCACUGGAGAAUCAUACGAGGCCUAAGGGAUUAUACGAGGCUUAUGGAUAGUAAGUGGAGGAUUACUAUCAACCGUCAGACGAAUUGAAAAAAUAUGCAGUGUUGACGAUGGGUAUCCUAGGGGUCGGUGGUGCUUACGGAUUGACACGAAUAUUUUAAAUCUUACAGAUAGAUUUAAAAAAUUUACGUUGUCAUGAGGGAGCAAUUUAUGGUUGUAGUCCUUGUUCUAUUGGUUACAUUUCCGGCAGAGUCUAUGUCCUUGGAUUCCAUAAAGAAAACUUUUAUCGUAGUAUCAGUAACCUCGAAUAGGAAUGAUACCUGUAUGAUUCUGCUUCUCUGAUCGCGGGUCCAUAGAACGACGGUUCCCACACUUCCAGUAUGAAAUCCAUAUAAGGGCGAAUGGGUUCCGCUAUUUUUCCAUCACUGACACUGAACCUUACGAACUUUGCAUUCUGCCUGUAGCUGGCGGAUAUGCUUGGCGUUGGUAGAUUACCGGGUGGGUACCCAGGUAUUUGAGUAAAAUCGUACUGUACUGAAUUUUUCCCGAGACUUUUCAACCUUACGAUGUCAUUCGCAUGUUUGACAACCUCUGCCGUGUUUCCCUGCUGUGCCUUUUCUACUGUUAUCAAUUUUUGUUUUAAGGUGUUCAGGUCUUCUGUUGUUGUGUCAAAGUAAUCGUACCCGCAUAAGAUGCUCAUUUUAUUUAACGUUUAAAUACUAUGUACGCAAGCCCGAAGGAUGCUACUGCCGCUGUGCCAAGAGCAAUAUUUUGAGUAUCAGACUUCUGCCUUAGUUCUGGGGGUUUAAUAUAAAGUCCUCCACGGUUGGGGCUGGUGUAAUGUCAUGGCUUUCGUCUAUAUUAUUCGUAGGGGUAGGAACAGGAUUACUAGCAUAAUUUACCUUCUCAUUUUUCCCAAACAUCAUCCCAUUCUUAGCUACCGUUAGAACAUUGCUAAAUCCUGGAAUACGUUUUGUUAAAAUCCUCAAGUCUGAAGGAAUUAGGAUUAGACCCGGCAAGAUAGCGAAAUUUAGGACAACAUGUGUGCUUGCGAUAGCUGUUCUCAUGUUGGAGAUGGUAACUGUCACAUCAUCCUGUACGAUAGUAUCCCUUGCUACCUUUCGAAAAACCUCCUGUGUCUGCAGGCUCUUUGCACCCUGACCCGCAAUACUCCAUCGGGUUUUGGUCUGUGCCUCCAGAACAGGUACACAAAUGCUUCGAUCGAUUGCUGGAAUAGCUUUUGUCCAACUUUGGUAAGUCCUUGGGAUGUUUUGAGAAUAAUGGUUUUAUAGUCAUUUUCAACAUCGAAGGAUAACCUACCAGUCAGGUAUUCAUACUCGAUAGAUGAACCUCCAUAUUUAGGCAAAUGGUACUUUUGGCGACAUAUUCUCCUCUGUUCACUGACAGGCUUGUCGUAGUACCAUGUCCCAAGGUUGCAUGGGAAGAAUCCGACCUUUUCUCCCAUGUUUCACGUAUGGGUGUAUACUUCCUAAUGGUCCAUAUAUCAUCCCUUGUAAGAUAUUGGUCCAAGAGUUUGGGGUUACGCAUGAACCUCGAUAGGUGAAAAUGAAGGUGAAAGCGUACGAUGGAGGUUACUAUGUUGGAGUGUGAGUUGGGAAAGCUGUUCGUAAGGUGAUCCUCAGAAAUUCUGGACUCAAACAUAGCAACAUAGCAUGCUGCUAGGGACCAAAAAUUAGGAAUUGGAAAGGUAGUCGAAUGGUAUAGUGUUGAUGAAGGUAUCCUUAGACUUAUCGUAUGCUGGCUUAAUGGGUUCUAAUUUCCUUAGAAAUCUCUCGGUCUCCGUAACGUAGAUCUUAAAAGUAUGCACAUCCAUUUUAAAAUCCCUGUUCGGACGAAAAAUUGCAUCCGGAAGAACACUUCGCCACCCCUCUACCCAGUGAAUGUACUUGGUCCACUCCGGAUUUGUACGAAAGGUAUCGGAUGUGAUAUCAUAGCUUGUGAGGUCAUCCUCCUUAUAGAAGAUGUCUCUGGACUCUACGGUCCCGUCCUUGGCAAAGGUAACCUCAAAGUCAAACUUAGAUAGGGUUGCAUUGGGAUAUUUCCUCCUAAAAUUAUCUUUCAUUUUCCGGAUUUCGACGGGUGUUGCCGCCUUAAUUAACCUUCUCGUAAUUCUUUCCGUAGUAGUUUCGGAAGAUAUCCUCACUCAUUCUUUUAUUUGAUGUAAAAUUCUAACAGGACAUCUCUGGGAACAUUUGCGGUAUUAGAUCAAAUUUCAAACCGAAUUUCACUGUAUUUACCAGCAUCCACCCGUACUUGGCUUUCGAUGUCGUUGUAUUUGGUUGUGGUUCCAAAGAGAGAUCUGGUUCCAUCAAUUGGAAGGGAAGUGAUGACGGUGCUCCGAUUUCCGUACGGUCCAAUGUUAUGCUCGCGGUUCACAAGGUUACAGCUGACUGUGAGGUAUUGCAAGCCUUCAUGGAUGUCUACGGGAUGAUCGCUGAUGUGUGGGGUGUAUGUGGGACCAUUGGAGGAUCGGUAUCCCAAAAUACUCGUGAGAUUUUGAACUCCCGCAGAAUUUGUUCCCUUAGCAAAGUCAAUCCUUAUUUUCCCAUUGGGAUAUUCCUCAAGUGUCAAUCCGUUUUCCUCCAACUCUUUCCUAAGCUGUUUAAAGGUCCAGUACCCUUCUUCCCAUCUACGGAAAUGUAGUCAUUGUAUCCCUUGCGAAUGUUCUUAUAAUUCCGAAACACAGCAGCAGUCUUCACGAAAAGUUCAGAUUCGGGGGUGGGGACCAGUGGGUCCUGUAAAUCCAAGGUAACCCCUCCUCCUCCAAUGUGGGUCGUUAUCUUCUUCAUGUUUUAUUUACAGGUAAUAAAAUGAGUCUGGCACUGGAUGUAGCUCUUCGAGAAAUAUAUUUUAACGUUAAUGGUGGGUACAUGUCGAUGGAAAAAUUAUACCAAAUUGCAAAGGAGGAGGGUAUAAAGGGAGUCAGUCGGAAAAAUGUUUAGGAAUGGUUACCAACACAAAACACCUACAUUAUUCAUAAACCAUCCCGAAAACAUUACAAAACCCAAAGGACCUAUGUGGACGGGCUUGCGCAACAGAUCCAAAUAGAUCUUGUGGAUAUGAGUAAGUUCAGUCAUGAGAUUAAGGGGAACCGCUGGAUUCUAACUGUCAUAGAGGUUCUGAGUCUGUAUGCCUUUGCCAUUCCCGUAUGGAGGAAAAAUACUGAAAGCAUGACGAAGGCUGUUGGAAAUAUUCUCAUACAAUUUAAGGAAAGGUUCGGUAGGUAUCCUAAAACGGCUCAAUUCGACGAUGGAAAGGAAUUUUACAAUGUAAACUAAGAAAAGAAGUAAAAUCCAAGCUGAGAGAAGCCGAAAGGGAAUAUGUACGGAAAGAACUAGAGCACAGUCACAACACUAAUUCAAAGUGGAAGAUAAUUAAGAAUUGUAUUCCUCGUAAAGAAAGCACUCAACAAGUCUACACAAAGGAUAUGAAAGAAGUUGCUAAUGAGUUUAAUCAGUUUUUCACCUCAGUUGGUAGGAGAGUAUCAGAAGAUUGCAGAUAUUUAAUAAAAUUAUAUAACCUGCCUGCACCUCCAACAAGUGUUUCGCUGGCUGUCGCUGAGUCACAAAAUUUUAGUUUUGUUCCUGUCUCGUGUGGAGAAGUACGAAGGACAGUUAUGGCAUUCCAAUCGAACAAAGCUCCUGCCCAUGACAAAGUACGAAUGUCUACGAUAAAGGAUGCACUUCCAUGUAUUCUCCCAGUUAUUACUGACAUGAUAAAUCGCUCGUUACAGACUUCAGUCUUUCCAUCAGCCUGGAAAAUAUCAGAAGUAAUACCAAUUCUUAAAGAGGGAGAUCACGAAGUGGCAAAUAACAAUCGACCACUAUCGUUACUACCAGCGACUUCUAAAAUUUGUGAACGAGUAGCUUUAAAUCAAUUGACCUCUUAUACGAACAAAAAGAAAUGCCUAAGUAAACAUCAAAGUGGUAAUAAACAACUACAUUCAUGUGAGACUCUUGGCGUGUUUAUGACAGACAAGGUGUUUAAAGCUAUGGACUCAAAAGAACUCACAGUCAUAGUAUUGCUGGAUUUGUCAAAAGUGUUUGACAGUAUAGAUCAUCGCAAACUCUUAACAAAGCUAAAAGCAUUAGGCCUAAGCCUUGGCGCUUUAGAAUGGUUCAAAAGUUACUUGACCGGAAGGAUGCAGCAGGUGAAGAUUGGCUCAGUUGUGUCAGAACCAGGUCAUAUCACUCAUGGUGUACCGCAAGGUUCGAUAUUAGGACCUGCUUUGUUCAAUAUAUAUUUGAAUGAUUUGCCCACCAUCCCGAAUUUCAGUGACUUAGAAUCGUACGUAGAUGAUUCAAAAUUGUAUCUUUCGUUUCCCAUCAAGUAUGUUAAUGAAGUUAUGCGGAAUAUCAAUGAACACCUGUCAAAAAUCAGAGCAUGGUGCGGUCACAAUAGUCUACUAAUUAAUCCAGGCAAGACCAAAGUGUUAGUACUAGGAACACACAAAAUGUUGCAACGAUUACCGGAUGACUUUUAUGUGACAUUACUUGAGAAAAGGAUUACUCCCACUAUUUCAGCACGCAAUCUUGGGAUUCAACUUGAUUCAACACUAAGUUUUACGAACAUAUAG